CUCUCCAUGAAGUCGUCACUGGGAUAGACCCUCUCGAUUCAAAAUGUCGAAUUAUAAAAUCGGUGUGAACUUGAGAGUGACAGAAAACAGCAACCAAGGAGGAAGGAAAUAUAUGGAAGAUAACCAUGCCAUAAGAUUUGUGAAAAACGACGAAGGAGGGUUUGAAUUCGCUUAUUUUGGGAUAUUUGAUGGUCAUGGCGGAUCUGAAGCGUCAAUGUUUGCUCGUGAUAAUCUCCUUGAUGAAAUUACAAAGUAUGAAAGUUUUUGGAGUGAUAAUGACGAUGAUAUACUGGAAGCAAUUAAAACCGGAUUUAUUGAUGUCCAUCAUGGGAUGUGGAGAGUUGUAGAUAAAUGGCCGAAGACUAUGAGUGGUCUCCCAAGCACAGCCGGUACAACUUGUACGAUCGGCAUUAUAAAGAACUCCAAAUUGUACAUAGGCCAUGUAGGAGAUUCCGGCAUUGCACUUGGUUUCGACGACAGCAAGUGCGAAAAGUUUAUCAGACCAAGGGGAACAAUGCUGACCAUUGACCACAAGCCAGACAGUCCAUUGGAGAAGAAGAGGAUUGAGGAAUGCGGCGGUCAAGUAGUGGCCAAGUCGGGUGUCCAGAGAGUUGUCUGGAACAGGCCAAAGGUCAACCACAAAGGACCAAUCAGACGCAGCACACCAAUUGAUAGAAUCCCAUUUCUGGCUGUUGCUCGCAGUCUAGGUGAUCUGUGGAGUUAUAAUUACCUGAACGAGGAGUUUGUUGUGUCCCCGGAGCCAGACGUGUCGGUUCACUCCCUCGACCCAACACGUGACAAGUGCCUUGUGAUUGGCUCCGAUGGUUUGUGGAACAUGAUCUCCGCUGAGGAAGCCAUCUCCGUGGUAGUGGAUUUGGAGUACCAGUUUGAGUAUAAAGUCAUUCAUGAUCCUCAAGCCUCUGUAUCCUACUGGAUAAACCCUGCAGAAAAGCUGGUGAACCGGGCUCUCAGUAAGUGGCGAGCACGUUCAAUGAAGGCCGAUAAUACCAGUUGUGUUGUUGUACUCAUCGACCCACUAGGUCCACGGAAACUUUCCAUACUAAAGAAGAAACGCGAGGAACAUUUUAAGAAUGUUAAAGAAAUGAACGCUGUGAACACUGAACUAGGGAAGAAAUUGACAGAAGGCACAAAGAGUAGUAUGCGCACAUCUCCCAGGAAAUCUGGGGAGAAAGAAGAGACCCCUAGUACAAUUCCACUUCCUGCAAAUCAGAAAGUCCCAGUAAAGGGGGAUAGGAAUCCGGAGGAAUCUGGGGAAAGGUCAUGGAAAGACAUGGCCGACGGUGUAGGUGUGGCCGUCAAAUCACUGUUGUCUGGUGAUCGACCUCGCCAAAGUCUACCUGGCGGUCCCUCUCCAGGUCUAGACGACAGCAUCCAGGCUGGGAGUGCCCACCAAAGGGCGACCUUUGACCCCAGUCCUGCAGGACAAAUCGACCAAGAAAUCGAAGACCGGAUGAACAUGUCGACAAUCUCACACAACAUGCCUACUGUGGACGUGUCGCCAACGAAAACUGCUGUGGUUAACACCUCCAAUACAAAGAGUUCCGAAAACAAAUCGCUUGUCCUGAAAAAGACUCUUCCUGCAAAAAUGUUACCAUACACACGGACGCGACAAAGGCAUUCUUCAUCCGGUAACUCUGGCACAUCACAUACUAGAAUGCCUGACGCAGCAUCAGUGAUGCAGUCGAUACAGAAACUGCAGGACACAUGUGACGUCAUGGCUAGAGACAAAAAGUCCGCUAGUGGUGGGUUGACGCGAGAAAAGCGUGCCAUGUCAAUGCCAGUGUUAAUUGACAGUCAGCUACAGUCAAGUAACCGGAUUGUUGCAGCUAGGGACUGUAUAAAGGAAGGGCUUCGAGGUGCAAUGAAGGGUAUUUUUAAUGCCGGAUCAGACAAUCUGAGAGUGAAAACAAGUUCUGAUCUCAACAAGGCACAUGUGCGUCGUCAUUCUCACCAAGUGCAAUCAACCAAAGUCCAAUCUCUUCGGUCGGGUGGCAAAUCUAAUACAAAUAACUCUUCGCAGGCUCGUCAUCUGCCUCAAUCUACAAACAGCGCCGUGUUGCGGAUGGCCACAAGGCUUCGCAGUGGACUGCGAUUGAAGUCUGGUGGUGUUAAUAAAUUUCUGCGUAGUGCUGGACAGGUGGAGAAUAAGAAAUUUGUGAAACGGACUCGUAUAUCUGGUACCAAGAGGAAAGCAGAAUCCCCAGUUGACUUAGCAACAGUGAAGCGGUUGUGUCGACACUAAAAGUGCUAUUAAGUCUUCUCUGUACAUAGGCUUACACUUAAUUUAUUGAUCAAGUGCAGCUAUUAAGUCGGCAGUUCCUCUAGCUCAAAUAUUCAGCCUGUCUGUAAAUGUUGCCCUGCCAUUCCAAAACAUGUGAAAGAAUGUGCUAUAUCCGAAAAUUUCUGCAAAUGGUCCAGAAUUUUUAUAGUUCUUAUGUAUACACACUGUGUUUUGAAUGUUACGUGUCUUGUAUCACUUGUUAUUUCGAAAAAGGGGAAAAGCAAAUAACUUAAACCAAUGACAUUAUCAGUUUUUGUAUAAUCUGUGAUCAUCAUUUCCAAAUUUUAUAAUUUGACCAUAACAUACUAUUUUUAUUGGUAUAAUAAUUUUUGUUAUGACUUAAAUCU